AGGCGACAGGGAAGGGCAACCUUCGCGAGGCGGUGAGGAAAGAAAGGUGGUGCGUGUUUUGCAGAGAACCUGCGUGCGUGCGCGCGUACGCGGCAUUUUCUUUGCCUCCAGCGUUCUGCCGGGGGCUGGUUGAGCGGGCAUAGAUCAAGGUGUCAGCAGCCCCAGCCGCUCUAGGAGGGAAGACGAAAGAAGGGUAUAGAUGUACUUCACGCGAAUCGAACCAGGCGGGCGGGUAGGACGGAAUAGCCGUGCGGUCGGACAGUGAAAAUAAGGAGCGUGUGUGCGGGAGGGAGAGGAGGAGAAAGGUUGACAGUCAUGSGGUUGAGUGGCAAGGUGGCUAUMAUUACYGGUUCGUCGAARGGGAUCGGCGAGGCAUGCGCCCGGAAAUUCGUCGGCGAAGGUGCUAAGGUUGUUCUUGCUGAUAUCGAUGAAGCAGCGGGAGCGGUGCUGGCAGAUGAUCUUAAUGCCAAAAACUCCCAGAUGAGUGUUAUCUCUGGCGGUCCUGCGCUUUUCGUUAGGUGGUGUUUUCAGGCGGAUCUCCUCCUAGGCAAUCGCGAGUAACAUCGUUGGUUGUCCGGGACUGUAUCGUUCUUGUACCUUGUACCCUCUCACCGAGGCGGCAACGCGAUAGCGACGUGACAGGCGAACGGGACAAGGACUGAGAAGAACUACCAGGCAGUUGGGAGUGUUUGUUUGCUUUUGUCUGUAUUGCUUUCUGUCUGUGUGUGUGUUGCUUGAGAUCGAGAAACACACACACACACACACACACACACACACACACACACACACACACAGAGAGAGAGAGAGAGAGUGAGAAGGCGAGACGGUUUACAUAUUAGUACCAAAAUGGCCCGUUGAUGUUGAAGAAUGAGAGUCAUCAAGGGGAAUGGAGCAACCGACGGUAAACUACGGGCGAGCCCUUUCCGAGAAAAGUAAUGUUGUAUCCUGAGUCAGGUUCUGGGCGCAGAUUACUGUUGCUGUCGUCUAUCAUAUGCAUGACAAGAUCUGAUGCCGUGUUUGCCGUGUUGCGGCUGGUUGAGCUCGCACUCGGUGCGCAUGUGCACGCCCGGGCUUAUUCCAGGAGCAGACAGAGAACUCGCGCACGGAAUGGUUUGUGCUACCUUUUUGUCGUAGAAUGCGGGUGUUAACGACUGCCCGGAAUUUUCGGCUGGGUGAAGCAGUCGAGGGAGAAAGAUCGUCGGAUGUCCGAGUGAAGUUUCGGCUGCUGUCGCUGGUUUCUCCGGUGCCCUAGAGUAGGGCCCAGGAGCACAAAGGCAGAGGAAAGAAGGGUAAUCGGGAAGGUGAGAGUGAGGGGGUGUUAGUUAGUAGGGUAGCAGCUCUUUCUCUCUUUGCCGCAAUGGCUACUUACCAAUACGCCGACGGCGCAGGAGGGUACCACACUUUGGUCUCUGGCGGGGGGUAUUAUGACCCUUACGGAACGGUAGGAGGCGGAGGCGGAGUAGCGGUGGCGGUCGACCAAAGUUAUGUGCAGACCAGUGCGGGCGUUCAGCUGAUGGCGCCAUCCUCUGGCGUCGCGGAACAGGCGGCCGCAGCCGCUGCUGUUCAGUCGGCCGCAGCGGCAGCCGUCGCACAGUCGGCGGGAGUCGCAGCUGCCGCACAGUCGGCAGGUGGGGGCCACCUAGAGACCCUGUACGGCCUCCCGACGUUGCAGGGGGUUUACACUGUGGAGUCUGUGGCGGCAGCCCCAGCCGUCGCCGCCGCAGGAGGAGGCACCACAGGGUCCAUGCAGAUGAUAUCGACAAACCCGGCCGCCACCUGGGGGGUAAGCGGGGGAUACGAGAUGGAGGUCGCAACUUCGACCGCGCAAAUGUAUGGAAACAUCCCGUCUAGUUACCAGUCAAGCUCUGUGACCACGGCGGGCGGCACGCCGCAGCUUGCCGGUGUGGGUGGAGGGUAUGUCCAGGGAGCGGUUGGGAUGCAGCCGUCAUCUGGAGGCUUGACAAGGGGCGGGCCUGUCGGCAGUGGGACAGCGGGCUAUGGCAGUGCCGGAGCAGGAGGGGGGACGAGCAGCGGGGCGUUCGGAAUGGGGACAGGAGCCGUGAGCGUCUCGGGCAGCAGUUACGGAGGGGCAACGGGGCGUUCGACCACAGGAUACGGAGCAGCAGGGGGGCUGGGAUAUGGAACAGCGACGGGAGCAGCAGGAGGGAUAGGGAGUGACGGGUAUGGAGGGUCGUCCGCGUUCACGUACGCAGGCGUCGGGAGAACGCAGGGACAGGCGUCCCAGCAGCACCUCCCGCAGGCUUUGCCGCAGGUGCUGCUGCCGACAACGGCGGCGCCGUCGCAACAGCAGCUGCAGAAUCAGAUGCAACCUCUGCAGCAGCAACAGCAGCAAGCAACGCAGCAGCAGGCGCAGCAGCACAUGCAGCAGGCCCAGUCGUACUCCCAGCAGCAGCAACAGUACCCGCAGCAGCAGCAGGUGCAGCAGAUUCAGCAGCAGGUGCAAAUGCAACAGCAAGUGCAGCUCCAGCAGCAGCAGCAGCAGCAGCAGGGGAGCGGCGUCGGGGGGUCAAUCGUCCGUCUGAGCAACGCUAUUGUACCCCAACAUUCCGGCGUGGGAGCAGUACACCAAGGGGGGCAUCAUCAUGUCCAGCCCACGGGAACGAUGACAUCAAGCAGUAGAGGGGUUGCCGGGGUUGGAAGUUCGAGAGGAGGGAUGGAGAGUCGCUCGCAGACCACUCGGCAGCUUGCACCGUUGCCAACCCCGGAUAGACGACUGGGUGUUGUUCACCCCAGUAGUGGAGGCGUCUCGGCAUCGCUUCAGCAGGGCCCGGGGCUGCAGCAACACCAACAGCAGCAGCAACAGCAUCAUCACCAUCAGCAGCAGCAGCAUGCACCGAUGACCUAUUAUCAUUAUCAUAGAUAUGGCGGUGGAAAUCCCGGAGUGGGAAAUGGGGUAGGGGGUUUGGGAAUGGUGGGGGGGGCAGUGGGGGCUGCAUACAGUACUGGUCCAGGGAGUGGACAGGUGGUGCGGAUGGAUCCGAGGAUACCGAUGGUGGGGAGCGGGGGGGGAGGGAGGCCACCGGUUGGUCCCAUGUAUGGUUCUUCUGGAGGAGGGAUGGGGACGGCAGCAAAUGUCAUGAACCGUCAGCAGGUGGGAGCUUGGUAUCGGCCCUCUUCUCAUCGCAUGAUGGGACCUGGUGGUGGUGGUGGUGGUGGUGGUGGCGGCGGCGCCCCCCCUGUGGGAGCGGGAAGGGGUUACCCAUCUGCUCCUAUGUUUGGUCGCCCAGCGGCGCAGAGUUCAGCCUCGCCGGGCCUCAAGGGGGGAAACUUUCCCCCGCCCAGCUCGUCUGGAGGAGGAAAAUCGAAGAAGAAGAAGGCCAAGAAAUCUCAAGGCCCUACGUCUCGUUUGUGUCGGGUCUGCAACGUGGAAUGCAACAGCUUCGACGGUCUGAGGGAGCACAUGAAAGGGAGGAAACACACGAGAAUGGUGGAAAAGCAAGCGAAGGAGCUGACAGCGAGCAAGGUGAUGGAGAAGGUAGCGGAGCAGGAGAAAGAAGGAAUGGAGAAAGCGGGUGGUGCCUUGGGGGGGGAUCCAGAGAGGUUGGAGGAGAAUGGGGUGGUGACUGCGGAAGCAGGUGGGGGAGAGAGAGUCGCAGCCAACGGGGGAGCAGGAGCGGAUGGAGAGAGGAUGGGCAGACAAGCAGAAGGGGAAAUAAAACGAGAAGAGGGCGACGGGGUCGAUGGUGGGAACCACCAGGAGAUGAAGGGUCAAGUGGAGGGUGAAGCGGCUAUGGCCUGGAAAAUAGGGGACAAGGAGUCGGGCUUCGACUCGGAGGAAGAGGGGUCAGAUGGGGACGAGGCACCAAGGCGACGCCGACGGAGGUUGGAGAGAGCGAAUGAGUUGGAAAUGACGGGGGGAGAUGAUGCACAGAGACUUGGAAUGAAGAGGCCAAGAGAGGGAGAGGAGGAGGGGCGUGAUGGGGAUGGCGGUCUGAGGCGAGGAAGAGGAAAGAAGAUGAGAGGAGCGCCCGGAGUUGGGGAUAAACCGAAAGAUGAGAAGCCCAAGGUUGAGGGAGAAAUGAGCGAAGGGUGGUGUGAUGUAUGCCAAGUGGACUGCCAGAGGAAGAAAGUUCUUGACUUGCAUGUUCAAGGGAAGAAACAUCUGUCCAAACUUCGACAGGCAGUGCCCGGACCAAGGUGGGAAAGAUGGGGCGGUCGCGGUAGAGGGAUGGGAAUGCCUCGCGAGAUGAACACAGACCAGAAGGAAAAGUUGAGUAACGAGACGGGGGAACAAUUCGCUGGAGGAGGGAGAGGCGGAGAAUCGAACAUGGACAAUUCUGAACCUUGCGUGACAUUGGAGGGUGGAGCAGAACCGUCUUUGGCAAUCGAUGUAGGAGCAGACCCGUGCGUGACAGUCGAGGGGGCAGAACCUUGCGUCACUGUAGAGGGAGCAGAGCCUUGUGUGGUAAUACAGGGCUUGGAGACAUCUUUGGCAGGUACGGACGAAGCAGGCGUGAAAGUUCGUAAAGAGAACACAGAACACGGGACCCCGACAUGUCGGGUAGUUGAACGGGGUUUUACAAGCAAGGGUGCAGACGAGGGAGGCCUGCCUGGCUCUUUCAAGGAAGAAAGAAAGGAAUCGCAUGAGGAAUUCUCUGCACCAACGGCGAGGGGCAAUGGUAUUGAACAGCAGCAAGAUCGGAAUGUGGAUUCAGCACGAGCAUAUGCCGCGGUAGAAGUGAAAAAGGAAGCGUGAGGAUGGAAUAUCAUGUAGCUGCUGCUGGCACGAGAAAAACUUGCGGAGAGAGAGCGGGGAAGAGAGAGAGAGAGAGAGAGGGCGGAGGGGGGUAAUUCUGUAUUUCGGCUGGCUCAAACCGAAGGCCAUCAGGAAUGUUAUCCAGGUGCGUGGAUUUGCAAUUCCAGCAAGUGGUUCGCUUUUCAAGAUUCUUCGAAGUGUGGAUGCUUUUGCAAGCAUGAGCAGGACAAGACUCGUCAGGCAGGGAUAUUGAGGGGAGACACUGUAGCAGCCAUACAUCAAUUGAUGAUUGUGAAAGUUGAAGCCGACUUUGUUGGUUGGUACAGGUUUUUGUAUCAUCAUGUGUACCAUGGUCGUCUCUGUGUCUUUCAUAGGAAAAGGCACGGUUAUGCGUAACGGUGCUUUUGGUGGGCGCUAGCCACAGGCCCUUCUUUUGUUUUUGGUGUAUGCGUUCAUCUGCGUGUCUUUGGGAGAAAGGAGGGGGGACGGGAGAGAGAGAGAGUGUGAGAGAGAGAGAGAGAGAGAGAGAGGCAUGAGAAAAAGGAUGCAGGGUUCAAGGUUGUUAACGUAGGUGAACUUUUUUGACUUAUUCAAGAAUCUUCCAAGCUAUCAUUCGACUGCUUUGCAGUAGUACAUCAAAGACAAACAUUCUCUGAAACUAGUUUUUCCGGCUGCUGCUGCUUAUGAUGUAGUGAUGGUGUGGAUGAUGAUGACCAAAGUAAGGAGACAAGUCGAUGGUGGUGAAUGAGUGUGGGCUAGCCAUUGUAAUGAUGGCCUUUGGACUAAAGCCCCUAUCUUCUUCUGCCCCGUCCCCCACCCCUAGUUGAAUUCCAUUGGUGGUACGUCAAGUUGCAAACUGAUGUUUCUGGUUAAGGAGCCAAAAAUUUCCCCCAUUAACAAGACAGCUUUUUAUUCUCACCCUAAGUAUCCGGGGUGGGUAGUUUUCUCCCUCUCUUCAUUGAUCGUUGCCAUAGUACGGGUAGUCCAUGGGGGGCUCGCUUUCACCUUUUAUGA